AUGGAUACACCGGUCACUACUCGCAUACAAAUAGGAUCGCAUAUUCAACAUAUCCUAUAUGAAGGAGAGGGCUUUUUAUGCACUACAUGUGGAAGACUGGGGCAUUCAACGAUUAAAUGUCAGUUCUAUCCAUAUGGAAAACCAAAGCCUAAGGAUACCAAUACCGAUUCAGCGGCCAAAAAUCAAAAAACUGAUCCAUCAAGGGUGGAUAACGGUACAGAGGAAUGGAAAACAGUUCCAUUCCCAUGGAGGAAAAGGUCACCAAAAAAGAAUCAUGCCGACGAACAAUCACCACGAAGGGAUCCACACCAGAAUACAUCAGGUGUAAACGUUAAAAUCUUCGAAGCAGGCUCCGGUAAGUAUCUUUCUACCCAAAAGUUAGCAUUUAGAUCUAAAGGUUCUGAUUUGUCAAAUAUUAAAACGACUGAAGUUUUAACGACCGAAGUUUUAACUACGCAGCCUGUUCCUUUUAAAUUCUCUUCUGGUUCUGUUACGAGUUCUACUAGGGGUUUUGACCAACCAUUACAUUCUCAAACAGUACCAUUAUAUAAUAGUCCUUUAAAUGUGUGGGGUAAAAACAAGCAAUUUAUUAACAAUAAAAGGCCAUUCAUCAAAACCAGCUCCUCUCCAUAUUCUGUUUACUGUGAAAAUUCUUUUAAUAUCCUUCCAUCAACAGAGAAGGUUUUAGAUGAAACUACUAUGUCUGACAAUCCUAAUACCAACACUUCGCAGAAACGUACGCCUUCAACCACUACACCUUCUACAGCGACCACCCUUCACCCAAAUGAACAACCUGCCCCCUUUUCCACCACAGUUUGCGCAACACCAUCUGGUGUUUUCGACACAACCUUUGGACCCAAUGCACCAACCACAAUCGUGGAUAGAACAGGGUCUUCAGGGACAGGCAGUGCUCUUCACUAUGAACGUCAACGGAGUGGACAAUGUAAUUAUAAUACAGAAUCCGAACUUUCUAGCUCAAAUCAUAUCAGAAGGGAUGAAGUAUGCGAUGGACAAUUACUUGAAUCAUGUAUGGUUACACAAUGUCUUGAACCCAAUGGCACCAGCAGUAGCUCCGACGAUUUUUCACCAAAUGCAAGAGUUGUGGAACCAACCACCACACUUCAACCCUAUACCAGAGGCGAAUCAUUUCCCACAACUACCAUUCUUCACUCCACCCCACUUAAUCAAUGCGAAUCCGCUAUUCUACCCAUGGAUAACGUUUGUCCGGUGCAAACCGGGGGUGAUAAAAGAAAGAAGGCAAACAACAGCGCUUGA